AUGGCUAAGCAAGAUGACAGUCUUUUUCUGCUGGAGGUACUUAUAGAUAAAAUUGCCUUUAUUAAAAGUCCGUGUUUCACAGAUAAAGAUUUUAGAACUUGUGUGAAUAUUGAAUGUCUUUCAGUCGAACCCUUUGAAAUUUGCGAUGAUGAUCCGGGUUCCAGUGCUACCAAGAGUGGAGGACCUUUUUCAAAAACUUUUAACAUUGGAAAAUCAUGUCUUUUUUCUCUUAAAGAAGCUGACAUUGCAAAAGCUAUGAGUAAAUUUCCUAUUAAAAUAACUGUUUACAAGUCCCUGCCAUGUGGAUGCUUACCUACUAAAAUUGUGAUGGGUGAAGCUACCAUUGAUAUGACGAAAGAAUUUGUUCAAGCUCGCAAUAAAUUUAUUGAAGAUCCAAGUGGAGUCAGUUACCAAGCCCUUAAGGAUGCAUUUCGAAUCGUCGGUCCAGAUGGUGCUGAAACAGGAGAAAUUAUUAUGUUCUUACGAAUUUCUUGUUUCGGAAAAUUGAUUGUCACGAAAUUUCAAGGGGCUGGUGUUUCAACAAAAUUGGAAACCGAUAGAACUGCAGCACCCAUAGAUAGAUCAUGUCAUCCCCAAAGAGACUAUCAGACUGUUCAAGACCCGUGUGUAUGCGGAGCUACGAGAUAUCUGGUAGAUGCAAGUGGAACUGGAAAAUCGAUUCAACCGUCUUGUACUGCAAGCAAUGUCGGCGGCUUUGGAAUUUGUCCUCCAGCUCGAGAUCCAUUCAACAGUAUGCCAUGCCAAGAAUCUGAUGAUCCAUGUUAUUGCUCUGGUCCUAAACCUACAGUAAAACAAAACAUGAUUUGUAGAAAUAUGGAUCAAUAUUGUCUUCAUGUACCAAAAGGUCGCAGUAAGCAAUUUGAAGAAAUAGGCACAAAUUUGGGCGGAAAUGAACUUAAAAUUAAAGUACCAGCUACCUCAUCCAUUAUAAAGAAGAUUAGUCAAACUCACUGCGCGAUGCAAAGUCCAUAUCUUAAAGGCACUGAUGAUACAUCCUGUCUGCCACCAUGUGGAAAAAACCAAAUAAGUUUAGCAAUGCCCAGUGAAGCAAUAUGUUGUAAUGGAGCACAACUCGCUAACACACAAUUUACUUGUACUACAGAAGGAUGUAUCCAAGCUUCUAAGCACGGUCAGCAAACAGCUUUGGCGCGUGGAGACAAUAAAUAUCAAGAAAUUCCAAAUAAAGAUUCAUUUGUUUUAAAAGUAGCUAAAACUGCUAUCGAGGGAGAAAAAAAAUGCAAGCUAGAAUUUGAGUUAGUUACACCUAAAGAUUGCUGUCCACCGGGUAACAAGAUUAUUUUCCAAAUGCCUUCGGAUUCCUGCGGUACCGGACACAAACAGCGAGCACAUUUCAACUAUACAACGGAUGGCGUUGGUGAUAUCGCUAGAGAUGAUCCUGGUCAGUUAUCACAUACUACUUCAGAAAACUACCAUGGGGUUGUUUAUGACUUUCCUAAGCAAGUAAUAAAGUUGCGUAUUGGCAAGACAAUUGAGAUGCCCGGACGGAAAUCAAAACUUGAAUAUCAAUUUGUAACACCGGUUGUUUCGCACAAAAAGACAGUGCCAGUAACUGACAACCGCACUGCUCAAUACACCUCUAGCUGUCAAGGAUAUUCAUCAGAAAUUAAAAAUCUCAUCCCAGGUACGUUGCUGAGUUUGCCCCGUAAUGAAGAUAAUGUAGAGGUAAAUAAGAACAACAUAACGAGCGAUGACAUAGAGCCGCUUAUUUUAGAUUUAUACAAAACAGAUGAGAGGUUCAAGGCAGAAAGUGAAACUACAUCUAAUUAUGAGAGUUCACAAUGUUUAACAGAUUCUAGUAAUAUAGAUUUUUCAAACGAACUGACAAAACCAAUUACACUCACCGCCGAUUUAUUUUCCACGAGUUCUGUAUGCACUGUUAGCACUAUCAGGUCUAAGCGUAGAAGUGUUUCCUUUUCAAGAACGAUAGACUACUUUUGGAGUCAAACUUUGAAGUCCUCCACAAAUUGUUUGGACACUUUAAGCUCAGAAGAUGAUAGUCGGGUUUUUGGUAAUAACGAAACCACGGUGUACAUGACCUUAUUUGGUGAUCGUUGUAACCUUCAAUGUUCUGGAACACAAGCUACAGGUUCAGUUAAUAAAUGCAUACAAAUAAAUAGAAGCAAAAUAUUUUCUCCAAACUACCGUGCAAGUACUAACAAGUAUUCCCCGACAAAAAAAUUACUUUGCCGUGAUAACGUAGCGAAAGUUGGGGCAAAUGGUGACCGCCGAUGUAAAUUGGAGCUUGAACUAGUAACACCUAAAGGUCCUGAAAGGAAACCUCUUACCAGAAUAGACACACGGGAAACGCAGUGCGAUCCUGAUCCAGAACCAUGUUGCUGUACGAAAUUAAACAAAAAAAGGAAUUGA